UCUGUCAAUGUCAAAAGGCAUUUGUCAUGGUAAUGUCAUUUUAUCAAUGUCAAAAUACGAAAAUUUGUGUAAAUGUCAUGUCAAAUCAAAUGGAAAAAAGCAAAGAAACAGCGCUAUGGACAGUACGACGCAGAAAAACAAAACAAACCGCACAAUAAGUAACGAUAAUAUUGAAUUUAGUUGAAUCGAACGUGUCUUUGUUCGUUAUUUUCAUCGCGACCGAGUGAAGAUAGGCGAAAGCUGUGUCAUCGAGUCGGGCGCGGCUGGCGCGCACGGCUGCGAUGUGGGAGGGCGGCGGGCCGUCGACCAGCAAGCAGGCGGACGCGGCGCGCCAGCACGAUGCGCUGUUCCACGAGCUCAUGCAGGAGUGCCGCCACAGCGCGCCCGGCGCCAGGCUCUCCGCCAAGAUGCGUACGGCGCUCGAGCGGUACCGCCGCGCCACGGCCAUCCGCCACGGCGGCGGCGCCUACAUCCCCAAGCGGCCGGUGCGCGCGCCGGCGCCGGCGCUGGGCGGCGCGCGCGAGUGGCGCUCGCUGGCCGAGCUGGAGGCGGCGGCCACGGACAUGGACGCGCUGCGCACGCAGUCCUUGCUGGUGGUGGCGCGCGUGCUGGGCCCCGACCACAAGGACACGGUGUUCCGCCUCAUGUACCGCGGCGCCUCGUACGCCGACGCCUUCCGCUACCAGCGCUGCAUCGACCUGUGGAGCUGGGCGCUGCAGCUGCGCAUCGAGAAGGACUCGCUGCUGUCGUCGGACACGUGCCACACGGCGUGCGCGCUGACGCGGCUGAUGCUGGACGCGGCCAGCGGGCGCCUGGAGCGCGCGCGCGGGCUGCCGGCGCUGGGCGACGUGCUGCGCGUGUUCCGGCUGCUGGCCGACGAGCUGCCGGCCUGCCGCCGCCUGCUGCGCGCGCGGCCCGUGUUCAAGGCGCAGGCCGACACCUUCGACCGCGCGCUGCGCUGCGUGACGCACGUGCUGUACCUGCUGCAGGCGCGCGCCGCGACCGCGGCCGAGCGGCGCGGCGUGGCGGCCGGCGUGCGCGCGCUGCUGGCGGCCGACGUGCGCUCGGCCAGCACGGGCGACACGCUGCUGCACCUGUGCGUGUCGCGCCUCAACGUGAUCCGCUCCACGUACUUCGCGGACGAGCUGGACGCGGCGCCCGUGUUCCCGCACGCCGGCGUGGUGCGCCUGCUGCUGGCGUGCGGCGCCGACGUGCGCGUGCGCAACGAGGCGCGCUCCACGGCGCUGCACGUGGCCGCCAUCCCCUACAACUUCAGCACGGAGCUGGUGGCCGUGCUGCUGGCGGGCGGCGCGCACCUGGACCAGCCCAACAAGUUCGGCGACUCGCCGGCCGAGCUGGUGGCGCUCAACCGCGGCUCGCGCGUGCGCGUGCUGCAGCACGUGACGCUGGCGUGCCUGGCGGCGCGCGCGCUGCUGCGGGCGCGCCGCCCGCUGCCGCCGCACGCGCUGCCCAAGACGCUGCUGGACUUCCUGGACCUGCACCGCGCCUAGCGGCCUACUGGACGAUUGUGUUACUACGAUAUAAUAUGUAAUGUGAUUCAUUUAAUUUAGAGUGAUAAAAAUUCGUAUCGAAAA